AUGCAAGACUCCAAACCCUCUGCCCUGGCAUGCCUUCCCUGCCGUCGUCGCCAUCUUAAAUGCGACGCUCGCAUGCCCAUAUGCUCCCGCUGCCAUGAAACCCACAACGACUGUCGCUAUGUGCGCUCUCGUCGCGGGUUACGCGGCAGACCAGGCUCGGACCCGGCCUCGGGCGAUGUCGAUAUCCUCCCAGAUUUGACCAGCUGGUUGGAUGGUGCAAUUGACAUAGACCCAGAUCUCCUCGAUCUGCCACCAUUGGAUACCAACCUCGAUGUCAACGUGCAGAUGGACAGCAUCCACUCCAGCCCUAUCGCAGACCUCCAUUUCCCGGCCGGGGCACGGCCAGGAUAUAUUCGUCCAGACGCCCAUGCCGAAUCCCUCGCCCAUGAUCCCAUGAUCCAACUAUACUACCACCAUUUCCACCGUGCUCAUCCCAUUCUUCUGCCUCGCCGGAGUCUUGCAUCCUCCUGCUGCCAACACAUCCCAGCCUUCAUCCCGCAUAUCAUGCGUUACAUUGGCAGCCACUACUAUCCCCACCCCGGAUUCAGCGACUCCUUCCACGGAGCGGCAUACACAGCCCUCUCGGCCCCCAAUGAUGGAUUCAAGGUCCAGGGGCUUCUUUUACUAUCCAUCAUCGAGCACGCGUAUGGCCUCGAGGAAACGGCCUGGAAGCUCCUCCGCGAAGCAACCCAAUUAGCCUGCCAAAUCGGCCUGACUAGCCCCUCAUUCGCGAAGGCCCACUCUCGCGGGAAACCCAUUCUCGAAGAAAGCUGGAGACGAACUUACUGGGAGCUCGUCGUCAUCGAGGGCAUCAUGACGGCUCUAUCUGGAGGAAAUAUCCUCUCCAACUACAAACUCAUCAACGAAGAGAUGCCCUUGCCCUGCGAGGAAACCGCCUACAACUCCGAACAAACUAGUCCCUUCAAACGCCCUCUCACACUAGCGACACUCCCCAGUCAGGCCGACUCCCUGCACAUCUCCUCCUUCACGCACCGCAUUCUCGCAAUCAAGACUCUACGCACCGUCCUCCAAACAACCCUCUCCCUCGACUCGGUCUCGGAACACCAGACCGAAACCCUAGACGCCCGCCUCGUCGCGUCUCUCAUGCGCCUCCCUUCCUCUCUACCAGACCAUGACACCACCACCGUCGACGAAAUGGUCUUUCAAACAUUAAUGAUAACAUAUCUAAGCCUCAUCUACCUCCACCACCCACACUCCACCCUCCGCCUAGUCGCCUACCACCCAAGUACAAGCCGCGCAACAACAACGCUCUGUCCUCGCCUCCGCGCCCUCCUCCCGGGCCCCCCGUCCUCCGGCCCCCCCAUCCCGAACACCCACACCCACACCCAGAAACUCCUCCGCGCCGCAGACCUGCUCUCCAACCUCGCCACGCUCCCCAGCUCCGUCAUCUCCCGCACGCCCUUCUUUACCUGCGGCCUGGCCAUCGCGGUCGUGGUCCAUGUCGCUGCGUUGGUAGGACUGCCACCGUCCGAUGCCGCACACGCACAGGAGAGGGAAGAGUCGCUGAAGGCUAGGAUUGAGCUGGGGGUGGGCGCGUUGCAGGUUGUCGGGAGGGUGUGGCCGCUUGCGAGACGCGUUAGAGGCGAAAUGGUGGAGAUGUAUCGGGGACGAUAG